AUGCUCGUCUCGGGACAAAAAAUCUGGCCUCCGGAGGAACAAAACUCGGUGUGCAACACGACUCAAGCUCAUUUAUGCUCUACUAUUCUGAAUAAGGCGGAACAGAAUGACAAUGAGUUGCCAUUCUAUUCGCUCGAUUGUAGAGAAGCCAGAUUCGCGUGCUUCGAUGAGUUCCGGUACACGUGGUACGACUCGAAGAAUGUUCAAUACGACGGGAUUAAUAGCUACUCAGGCGGAUCGGAGGAUAAGUUUAGUGACCUUAUGUUAUUAACACCAAGUUGCCGCAAAAUAAUCAAGCCUAUUGAAGAUACUAGUUUCUCACCAGGAUACCCGCUAACAAGAUUCGAAAUUGUUAUCGAGAAAUUUGCUAACCGCAUGCACCGAGAGUCGCUUGAUAUCCUAAUGAAACAAGUAGCUCACCGUCUUUUAGACAAUAACACCACUGAAAAAGUUCUGGUAAAUAUCCGGGAUCUUUGUUCAUGGGAGGAAGCAGUUGGAAUUGGAAAGUGGUUUUCCCGGUUUUUAGAGUGUGGAAAGUGGUCGGGUACAUACCGUUACAAUGAAGAGAAAUUAAAAUACAUGAACGAAGGCUACUUACCAAUUCCAACCACCACCACGACAACCACACCCCCUCCAACCACCUUUGACCAAUUCGCUUGUUUGGAUGAGUUUCGGUACACGUGGUACGACUCGAAGAAUGUUCAAUACCCAUACGCAGCUUUAUACGCAGACCCACGAGACAUCACGUUUUUAACACCGCGUUGCCGCCAAAUACUCAAAUGUAAGAAAGACAUAGGUGUCACUAGGGACUAUCUGCAUUACGUCGAUAUGAUUUUCAACCGAUUUCAUUUCCAACGCGUGCUUUCAAGUGCGGAUUAUUUCCGGGACUUUCGAAUCUAUGUGACGUACUUCGAAAGCAGAAUCAUUACCCCCCUUUUGGUAGAUAUCCGAAAUCUUUGUACGUGGGAGGAGGCAUUUGGAUUAGGAAAGAGAGAUUAA